AUGAUCAAGUAUACACUCAAUUCAGUCAUAGAAAAAAGAGAAAACAAGAAUAGAAAACAGUAUGACAGUGUUAUCGCAGAGACCCUAAAAUAUUAUAAAAAUUAUAGUGCAUUAAAUGGUAAGGAUUAUAACCAUAUAGCUCAAGAUACUGCGGAAGGAGAAACUAAAGAUAAGUUAAAAGAAAAAUUUAAAGAAGAAAAAGGCAGUAACAUUAAAUGUAAAGAUAUAAACGACAACGCAGCUUUUUCAUUUUAUGAGGAAAAUGAAAAGAGUGUAUUUUUUAAAUUCGAUCCUUCUAUUCCUAAAGAAUUAUUAAAAGAUAAAAUUAUAGCUAAGCUGAAACAUUACAUUAAUGAAUAUGUGUAUGAGGUUAAAGAAGAAAAGUAUAAUGAAAUAUUAUCUUGUCGUGAUAAGAAAAAUUUAUUAAAAAAAUAUAUACAAGAAUUAAAAAGAAACAAUUUUAUCAUUUUAGAAAACCUCUUCUUCUUCUUUAUCAUUAGCAGUGAUUAUAACGAGUAUGCAUUAGGUAAAAUAUUUCAUAGUUUGCUACUAGUUUUUAACAAGAAAGAAGAAAAAGAUGUUUUGCUUGUUAUGUACAUGUUCUUAAUAUUAUUAAAUGAAAACAAUAUUAAUAAGUGCUUUACUCACAUAAUCGAUUGUCUAAUUAAUAUUUUAAAUGCUGAUGAAUGCACUCUACCUAUUGAUGAAAAAGAUGAAAACGCCCGACUAUUUGAUCAUAAGCCUAUGAUUCUUAAAACUCAUUCAUUAAAUGAGUACGCAAGGUAUUUUUUGUUCCUUUAUUUUUAUUUUCUCACUCUUAUUAUUUCGGAUCAGCAGUUUACAAACCAUGCUGAUAAAGUAGUUCGAGUGUGUCUUAUUGGAUUGUUUGAUAGCUGCUGUUCCAUAAAUUAUCUGAUGAUGAAUUUAAUUGAAGUAAUAAUAAGGAGAGUUGAAGAGCAUUACAUAAACUACCAUUAUAUUAUUAGCACAUGCCUACUAAAAUGCUUAUGUAACAAAUAUAGUAAAAUAAAGAUCAAGUGCUUAGACACCCUGGCAAAGCUGAUUGUGAAUACUAACAUUAACAGCAAUAGUAAUAGUAAUUCUACAAAUUAUAGAAUUAUUGAAAUGCUAAUUGGCUACAAGGACCCGAAUAUAGUCCCUAUAAAAAGUUUUUACGACAACAAUUAUGUAAAUAUAAAUUAUUUAUGCAUUUUGUUUAAUGAUAAAAAUGUGAAAGUAAAAUUUCAUUUUUAUUCUUUUCUUUUUAUUUUAUUAUAUGAAUUUAAUGAAUCGAACGAUUUUAUCACCUUUUUAUUACCAUACCUAUUUUCUGCUUGUUUUGAUAAUUAUAAAAUAUUUAGAGUAGUAGCCUUUUUAUAUAUUCAAUUAUUAUCAAGGAAAAAAAAUUAUGAUUUUCAUAAAAAUAUGAAAGAUCAAAUUACUUAUGAGUUUAACCCUGAAUGGUCGUAUAAAACAUCAUUUACUUUACCACUACCACUAACUGAAUAUUAUUUCGUUCGUUCCUGUUCUUAUCACAAUUCAUUUUUAAUAAAGCAAAAUAUGUACAAGUUUAAUAUAUACAUACCUUACGAUAACAAUGGGAGCAUCUUCACAGGAGAGAAACACACAAAUGGGGGUGAAAAAAGGAAAAUUAUUAACGAGCAGCAGACAUAUAACACGCAAAAUGGAAAUAUAGAAAGUAAUAUUGCACCUUAUUCAAAUUUUAGUUCUAAUAAGAUAAGUAAAGAAUAUUAUGAAAAAAAUGAAAAAGAAUGCAACAAUAAAUAUUACCAAGGUUUACUUCAUAAUUUUAUUAGUAGUAAUGUUUAUAUUUCAAAAAUAUUAAAAGAUAACAAAAUAAAAACAAUUGAUAUAACAUCAAACGAAAUGAAUAAAGAGUGCAAGCAGCUGUCUUUUACGCUUUUAAAUGUUUACUUUAAAUAUAUGUAUAAAAAAAAAGAUGAACCAUGGAGUAAAUUAGAAUCAUUAGAAAUAAGCAAAAUUAUUUUACUAAUCUUUUAUUUUAUAGAAGAUAACGUAACUGAACAUAUUCCUUCAUUUAUUUCUUACCUACUUCAUUCUUUUGAAAAUAAAUUAGAUGAAGAGCAGUGGUGCAUCCAUAUGAAUUCUUUGUACCUAAUAGGAUCUUAUGUCGACCCUUCAUAUUAUUUUUUUUUUUUGGAAAAUUAUUUGAAAAAUGUAAUAGAUGAAAAGCAAAAACACAUUACCCUAACUUGUUUAUAUAUCAUGAAUACUGUAUGUACAGGAACUAUAGAAACGUAUAAGGAUAUUAAGCAGAGGGGACUAACUCAAUCUAGCAUAAAGGACAGCUUCAUCAGUGUAGUGAAGAAAAUAAUAAAUUUAUUCUUUUCCAUACUAAAUGAAGAGGAGUAUUUGGAAAAGUAUAUCCUCGUUUUGCAAAUAAUUCACACUAUAUUUAGCAGUGAGUGUGUGUAUUUAAAGCUCGAUGAUAAAUAUAUAACCAAACUGAUAAUAUUACUAUACAUUAUUUUUAACAAAAUAAAGAAUGUUAGAGAUAACCUAGCUAAAACGGAGGACAAAAUAUGCAUAAACAAAAACUGCUACAUUUUGGCGAAGGCUUUUGAUCUUCAUUUUUACAUAGAAAGAAUAAAAGGACUAAAAAGCUUCGAGGGCUUAGACUUAAGCAAAGAAUCUAUAAACAUAAAAAUAAGUUCAGAAAUGAUAUAUGAAGUUUUUAAACUAUCAGAUGAUAACAUGGAUCAACAUAAAAUAAUUUUAGAGUUACUAUCGGAUGACAUGUUGUAUAAUACAAACUGUAUAUACUUCUUAAUACAGUAUAUAAUUAAAAGACAAACCUUUUUUUAUGAUAAACGUUUUUGUUUAUUUUUAUGUAAUGUAAUUAUAAAAAUUCUAAAUCUAAAUCAAAAUGAAGAUAAUUUAAUGAAGAUACUAAUUUACAACCAAGAUUUAGAGCUAAAUGAUAUACAUCAAGAGACUAUAGGUAAAAACAGAAAUAAAGUAAGACAUGCAUUUCUGGAGCAUGUGUCGACUAUUUUUAUAUUAUUUAUAUUUAAAAAUAUAAACAUUUAUGAAGACUUUAAUAAUACAAUUGAAACUUGUAAAAUGAUACUUUACAUUUUAAUGGAGUUAAAAAAAGCCCAUUCCUUUUUAUUUUUCAUAAAACAUACUAGUCUCCUGAACAAACUGUACGACAUAAUAGAAUGUAGAGAAAUAAAGAGCAUUUAUUUUUGCAAGUAUAUAUCUAGAGAUAUUUAUUUAGAUUACGAAAAAUACAUUAACAAUGAUGGGGAUUUCAGAUAUUUGGACAAUAUAAACAUAAAAAAAAAAAUAGAAAUUAGAAAUAGGGUAAAUUACGAGGUAAAUGUUUUAUUCUAUUUUAUAAGUACUUGUAUUUAUUUAAUUUAUUAUAAAUCGUUGUGGUGCUUUUCUAUAUUGGUAAAAGAACAGAAUGAAAUGCAAGAAAAGAAAGAGAUACAUUGCCUUUUUAAUUACCUCUUUGGAAACUCACGAAAAAGACUUCUUAACGUUUUCAAAAUAAAUGAAAAGUGCAAUUAUUCCUGUUCAAAUAAAUACAAAAUAACAGCUACAGAAAUGUUAAAGGAUAAAAAUUUUUUAGAAUUAUUUUCUCUUAGGAACAAAAUAAUAAAUGCAAAUGAUUAUAAUCAGCUUAUUUUAAAUAUUCACGGGUAUUUUAAGCAUUCUUUUACCCUUUUAAAAAAUGGGAACCUAUUUUUAUUAAACCCUAUUAUUCUUAAUUAUUUCUAUGAAAUUAACAAAGAGAAUUAUUUGGAAACAUCAAUUUAUGACACACGUUCAAAUUGUAAUAAUUUUAAAGAAAAUAAAAAUAUAGAUGAACAAGCUACAAAUAAAGUAGAUGAAAAAAAAGAUAUCGUAAAAAAUAUGGAGGAAUUUCUUAAUUCAGAUGAGAUGAAUGAUAUUAUUUGUGUUAAGUAUGAUCAUACAAAUAUACACGAAUAUCUCAAAAAGCAUGACUUAGUUUUAUACAUACUACAACACGACAUAUAUCAUAUUCCUUUUCGAAUAUUAGAAACAAAGUCCCUAAUCAUUUUAUUAUAUUCGUCCUUACUAUUUUUUGCUGAUAAAUUUUGUACAAUUAAUGUGGACAAAAUUAGUAAUUCUUCCUUUUUGACAACUACUAGUGUUGGCUUAUCACACCUAUUUUUUUUAAGCCAACAAAAUAUUAAUUCAGAUCAGAUGAUAGCACUAUUUAAUUUCUUUAUUUUGUUAUACUUAGAAAAUGAAGAUAUUUUAAAAGGGGGCUUAAUAAAGAAGAAGGAAUUUAAAAACUUAGAACAACACAACAAUUUCGAUAAGGGAAUAGUCUGUACCAUUGUGAGUAACAUUAUCGUUAGUUAUGAAAAUAACAUUAUGGUUAAAGAACCCCUUUGUGAAUGCUUAAAUUUUUUGCUAAGUGUUUUGUGUAAUAAAUAUUCAGACGUCCUGACAAAUUUGAAAGAUCUAUACACCAGAACUCACCAUGUUAAAAGAUUGGAAGUCUGCAAUCAUAUUAUCAAUACUUUUUUAUAA